AUGAAUCUUAGACGUAUUUUGUCUAAGAGUUCUCUGAGAUCAUCUCCCUCGAGCAAAAAAAUAUCUAAAUUAAACGAAAUUAACACGUUGCAAGAUGAAAUUGAAUCCCUCAAGCUUAAUUUAUCUUCAUUUAAAGUUUUAUUAGAAGGUAGGGACGCUUCAAUCGGGAAUCUUGCUCGUGAAAAGGAAAAACUGUAUGUUGAACACAAAAACCUACAGAGGAUCAAUAGAAAAUUGCAGCAGGAAUUAAUCGAUGAAAGAGUAAUACAUUCUAAAGAAAAAGAUUUUUUGUUGGAAAACAUAAAAAAGCUUUCAUUGAAAUUAGCAAACAUUGGGCUUUAUGACGAUAUCUUAGACGAAGAAGAACAUAUUUCAGCGUUACAAAAUGAAAUCAAAUCGAAAGAUGAGGUGAUAUACAACGUUUGUAGUAAAUAUUUCAAGUUGAAGAAAAGUAAAGGAGGACUGAAAAAGAAAUUUGACGCGCUGCAAACACACAUGCAUAAAACAUUUGAAAAUAUUAUUACAACUUUAGAAGAUAACAAGAAUUCUUUAGAUAUAUUGCUCGAUGACUUAAGUAAAAGUGCUUACAGUAAUCCUAGUCAUAAAAAAUAUGUUAAGUUGAUAAAAAUCAACGCAGAGCUCAAUUUUGAAAAUACUCAAUUAAAACUAUUCCUUAUUGAAAAUAAUGGUUUUUCCAAUCAGGUUAAAAAAGCUGAACUACCUGGGCUCGCUGAUCCUCAAUGUUCACGAUCUGAUAGGCAAUUAUUAGAAGUCCAUAAAAACUUGCAAACUCAUAAGUCGUUGCAUUCUAUUGAAAAAUGGUUUCGACGAAGCAAAAGUAGUGCUACUAGAGUAUUAAGAUUUUUUAAUAAACUUAAGAAUACUAAUACGUUUACCAAAAACAAUAGAAAAAUUGGAUAUAGAUCGAUGUCUGAUAGCUUCUUGCCUAGAAAUUUUUAUAAGUGA